AUGGCGACCAUAAAGACCAAGCGUGUCGAGACACUGUUCUCUCGGAGACAGGUCGAGGGGCUCAUUGCGGAGGGGAAAUCAAUCAUCAUAUUUGAGCAGAAGGUGCUGAAGGUCGACCCAUGGAUUCGAUAUCACCCAGGAGGAGAAAAGAGCAUCAUGCACAUGAUUGGGAGGGAUGCCACGGAUGAAGUGAAUGCGUGAGUCGUUCGCUGUCUCCUCGACAGAUCAGAACUAAUGAUGAACCGUCAGUCUUCACUCCAUCGAAGCUCGAAAACAGAUGGAACGAUACCGAAUUGGGCGUAUAGAAGGGAGGUGGCAAAACUUUGUGCCCCCGAUCCAGGGGGGGAAGUUUCGGGCAUAUAUCGAAGGACAAUCAGACGACGAUCUCUCAGAAACGUGUCCACCUAGUCCAGAAAGCUCGAGAUCGCCCUCACCAGUAUUCGACACGGACACCUCGACGCUGCGGCAACGUGGGCCACCAAGAAGGGAGCGGGAUGUCUCAUCGGCUUCGUCGGUAUCCUCUGCAGAGCCCGGUGACGGGAUGUCAUGGCUUGAUGCCCAAACCAAGGAGCACAUAGAUUUGGACCACGCCAAAUACCCGUCAUUGGAUUCGAUAACUCAGGAUGAAGUGGUCCGGAAAUAUCGUUUGUUGGACCAACGUCUCAGAGCCGAAGGACUGUAUGAUUGCAAUUAUACAGCGUAUGCGAUUGAGGGCUGUCGAUACACCUUCCUGGCGGCCAUGGUGAUCGUUUGUUUACGAUGGGGCUGGUAUGCUACCGCGGGCAUUUUUCUCGGCUGUCUGUGGCAUCAACUUGUUUUCACGGUGCAUGAUGCAGGCCAUAUGGGCAUCACUCACAAUUUCACAAUCGACUCGACCGUUGGUAUGUUUAUCGCCAAUUUCAUUGGAGGACUAUCCAUGGGAUGGUGGAAAAGAAAUCAUAACGUCCAUCACAUUGUCACCAAUUCCCCAGAGCACGAUCCCGACAUUGAGCAUAUUCCUUUCUUUGCCGUGUCUCAUAGGUUUUUCAACUCUUUGAGGUCAUCCUAUUAUGAUCGGAUUAUGCCAUAUGAUGCUUUUGCCCAAUUCGUUGUGCGCUAUCAGGCAUAUCUGUACUAUCCUAUCCUCACAUUUGGACGAUUCAACCUCUAUCGUCUAUCAUGGGAGUAUCUCAUUCUCGGCCUGGGUCCCAAGAAGGGUCCUGCAUGGUGGCACCGAUAUUUUGAGCUUGCAGGUCAAGUGUUCUUCUGGUAUUGGUAUGGUUAUAUUGUUCUGUACAAGACCAUCCCGACAGCUGGGGCCCGAUUGGCUUUUUUCAUGAUAAGCCAAAUGGUGACGAUGCCUCUGCAUGCGCAAAUUACUCUGUCGCAUUUCUCGAUGAGCACAGCCGAACUCGGUCCGCAUGAAUCUUUCCCCCAGAAGAUGUUGAGAACAACCAUGGAUAUUGAGUGCCCUCAAUGGCUGGACUUUUUUCACGGAGGAUUGCAGUUCCAGGCGGUACACCAUUUAUUUCCCCGGAUGCCAAGGCAUAACCUCCGACGCACACAGAAAUUGGUUCAAGACUUCUGCAAUGAAGUAGAAAUUCCUUAUGCGCUUUACGGUUUCGUGGAUGGAAGUACCUCAGUCAUCAGCAGACUUGAUGAAGUUGCAAGGCAGGCAUCGAUUCUUGCCAAGUGUCAAAGGUCCAUCGUAGAGAAGGGUGAUGUCCUUGGCGAAAUCCUUCACGGACAUUGA